GAAGCCAACUUCAUUCAAGUAAUCGUGAUAUUUCACAACAAAAAUCUCCGAAUAAUAAUAAAAAGUAUUCUUUUGCUUAUUUGGCACGUCUACAAAGCAGAAAUUGAUAAGGUGUUGUAUUAAAACAAUUGAUUCCUUCCGAGUUGGGCUCUACAGUAUGUCCUCACGUGGUCGCGAUGAUCAUAUUUCACACCCUCAUUCGAUCCAGUCUGCAUCAGGCGUCACAUCUUCCAGUUCUUCGCGCACACUUUCGCUGGCUGAAAAACAAAAAUACAUCGAAGAAUACGAUUUUCCAUACUGUGAUGAGUCGUCCAAAUAUGAGAAGGUAGCAAAAAUAGGCCAAGGAACAUUCGGUGAAGUGUUUAAGGCGCGUGAAAAAAAGGGUAAUAAGAAAUUUGUCGCUAUGAAGAAGGUGCUAAUGGACAACGAAAAAGAAGGCUUUCCUAUUACUGCGUUACGUGAAAUUCGUAUACUGCAACUAUUAAAACAUGAAAAUGUGGUAAAUCUUAUAGAGAUUUGUCGAACUAAAGCGACUGCCAGUAACGGUCACCGUUCAACAUUUUAUUUAGUCUUCGACUUUUGUGAGCAUGAUUUGGCUGGGCUGUUGUCGAAUAUCAACGUAAAAUUCAGUCUCGGCGAAAUCAAGAAGGUUAUGCAGCAGCUCCUCAAUGGGCUUUAUUAUAUACAUAGCAAUAAGAUUCUGCAUCGUGACAUGAAAGCUGCCAACGUACUUAUUACGAAACACGGUGUGCUAAAACUAGCAGAUUUUGGUUUAGCGCGUGCAUUUAGUAUACCAAAGAACGAUUCCAAAAAUCGUUAUACAAAUCGGGUUGUAACGUUGUGGUAUCGACCACCUGAAUUGUUGCUCGGUGAUCGCAAUUAUGGCCCGCCCGUGGAUAUGUGGGGUGCGGGUUGCAUUAUGGCUGAAAUGUGGACACGAUCACCCAUUAUGCAGGGCAACACGGAACAACAACAAUUAACAUUCAUCUCUCAACUAUGCGGAUCAUUCACACCUGAUGUAUGGCCGGGAGUUGAGGAGUUAGAGUUAUAUAAAUCCGCUGAAUUACCUAAAAAUCAGAAACGGCGUGUGAAAGAGCGCUUGCGUCCGUAUGUAAAAGACCCAAAUGGCUGUGAUUUAUUGGAUAAGUUGCUGACACUCGAUCCAAAGAAACGCAUCGAUGCGGAUACAGCGCUAAAUCACGAUUUCUUUUGGACUGAUCCGAUGCCCAGUGAUUUGAGCAAAAUGCUUUCACAACAUUCUCAAAGUAUGUUUGAAUAUUUGGCACAGCCGCGUCGGAGCAAUCAAAUGCGAAAUUAUCAUCAACAAAUGGCGACUAUGAAUCAAAAGCCGCAAGAUAAUAGCUUAAUAGAUAGGGUUUGGUAGUUCUUACAAUUUUUGGGAUUUCCACCAAUCCGAAUUUUGCUAAAUUUGCCGUUAGUUACGCGGCACUUUAGUGCUACUUGAGGAGUGCCAGACCGGCACUUCAACCAUUUCACCUACACGGAUAGUUAUAGGAUCAUAUACUAAUAUAUUUAAAUUUAAAUAAAAACUAGGAAGUGUAUUUGAAUUUAAGGCUGAAACCGCACGGUGUAUGCGCAAAUAAACUCGUUUUAUAUUUA